GUAACUAGCGCCCAACCAGCAAACGGCUACUAAACCGAUGGAAGGAAAGACUAUCUAGCGAUCUUAAACGCUUUCCCUGUGAUGUUAGAUAAGCUAGUAAAGUUAGUCAGAUAUAUUUGAGACUAUGACGGUUGACAAAAGCAGCGAUGUACCUGAAGCUGACUCGAAACAGCCUCAAAUCACUGCAACAACGGAGUACUGCGCUAAGUUGCAGCAGUGGAUGUGGCAGUAUUACUGGGGGUAUGCCAACUGGCAGAGCUGGUUGUCUCUGUCAGCCUUCCCGUUUCCACUGCCGUGCACGAGCACUCAAACACCGGGUGAACCUGCCUCGACCACAGGCAGUGGGCAGCAACUUUUUGACGUGCGGAACUGGUACAGCUAUCCGUAUCCUCUCAGUACACCUGCUUCCUCUUCUUCUCCUCCGGGUGGUGAGCAGAGAUCCACCGCAACGGAUGCCCGACCAGCCCAGCAGCAGAACGGGAAUCCAGCUCAGGCAGGACGUGAAUAUACAAUCCCCUCUCCUCUCCAGAGGUUCCUGGCAGAGACCGUGGACUUCUUCAUCCUGUUUUGUGUGAAGGCCACCAUUGUGUUGUGGAUCAUGCAUUUGAGUGGUAUGAAGGACAUUGCCAAGUUUAUCACCCACUUCAUUGUCGAGGAGAUAGAUGAGAACACAUCUAUCGAGGAUCUGCAGAAGAUGAUGGCUGUCGCUCUGGUUUAUAGAGUACUAGUGUGCGUCUAUGAGACCAUCUGUAUUUGGGGAGCUGGUGGUGCCACUCCAGGGAAGUUCCUGCUCGGUCUGCGGGUGGUGACAUGUGACACGUCCACUCUGGUUCGACCCAACCGUGUACUUGUGGUCCCAGCAUCUCAUGUCUCCCUCUCUGCCUCCACGGUGCGGGCGUUGAACAAGAAUUUCUCCAUUGCUUUCCUCUUUCCCGUCUUCAUCACACUCCUGUUUUUUCAGCACAACAGGACUGUAUACGACAUUGUGGCAGGCACCAUAGUUGUCCAGCGCAGAGGGGCCAGAUAGCCUGUUCUCCAGCGACUGAUAAUCCUACUUUUGGUUGGUUAAUGUCAGAGAACAACACAUCCGUGUCCAAUAAGCAUCCAGACAAUUGAAACUUGAAUCAGAUUUACUUGCACUAAAAUGAGUGAUGCAGUGGCUCCUGACUUCGCUGGAUUGAAGUUAAACUGCACUUUAAAAAUAACAUGUGUUUAGAUAUAGGAAUAGUUUGGGGAAAAUCAAAAACAUUACAUCUUUUUAUUGUAGGGCAUUCGGUUUUGAUUACUGAUCUAACUGAUGCAGAUGUUUGGACACAUGUUGAAGUAUUGUGAGUUCUGACCAUUUAUAAAUUAUAUGAAUCUCAAAAAGGGUGCUGUCAUGAAACAUUUAGAGACUUCAAUUCACAAGAUGGGAAUUUUGAUAUGUGUGAAAUGUCACAAUAAAUGAGUUAUUUAUUGUGAAUGUGAAAGUGUCUGUUGGUAGGGUUUACUGUUAACUUUGGCGACCCCUAGUGGCCGAAGCAGAGAAGCUCUGAAGAGACCCACUAUGCAUUAUUUUCUUCUUUUUGUUGAGGAAGUAUUGGCUGGUCAGAUGUUUGGUCCGCUAAUGUUGUUACAUUGUGAUUGUUCUUAUGCUAUCACAGUGAAGUAAACAAGAUCAGAUUUAUUUAUUUCCAUUAACUGUGCCUAUGAAUGCUUUAAAGUAUUGUUUUGAAUGGUGAAAUGUGACAGUAGACCUUGUUAGGUUUAAAUAUAAGAAAUAUAUCCAUUUUAUGCUUAUGUUUAGUCAUUUUUGUGACUCAGGGCAACUCAUAGCCUCACAGAUAUUUGUCUCAAUUAAUUACAAAGAUAAAAUGCACAAUGUGAGACUUGUAUUAAAUAUUAUUCAUGAUUUAUUCAAAUCACAGUUUAAGUGUUAUCAAUAUCAUUUUUAUCUGUUAAUUAUUUGUGUUUUUAUCUCAUCAAUAUCCUAUUCCUCAGCUCUACCUGCCUCCAUAAUUACACUGAAAUAAAACCGGUGGCAUAAAUCAAAGAUCCAGAGGAUAGGAAUUAUGAAAAGAA